GACAUGAAGAUCUGGCUGGGGAUCUUCCGAAGGCGGAACGAGUCUCCUGGAGCCCCUCCAGCUAGCAAGGUGGACAAAGCCCUCACGUCCCUCAAGCCAACUCCUGAAGAAGCUGUCAAGUGGGGAGAGGCCCUGGAAAAAUUGCUUCAGCAUAAAUAUGGUCUGGCCGCCUUCCAUGCCUUCCUGUGCGCCGAAUUCAGUGAGGAGAACCUGGAGUUCUGGCAGGCAUGUGAAGACUACAAGAAGAUCAAGUCCCAGUCUAAGAUGGUGUCCAAAGGACUCCUACACCCGGGAGCAUACCAAGGACAAGAAAUGCUCAGGCAACCCUCAACUGCUUCCAGUUGUCAUCUGUUCACCUAG